AUGAUCCCGUGCUGUGGGGAAUCUAACGAGACUCUCAAACAGACCUAUGAGUCCCUUGCUAGAGCCAGCUAUGAAGACACAAAGAAAUUGCUGCUGUUUGUGUGUGACGGAGUUACCCAGAGUGUACACGAUUCAAAGGAGACUCAUGUAUUGAUCCUAGAGGCCCUCGGCUACAGCUGCACCGAAGAACCGGCCAUGCAAGCUUAUGUUUCUCUGGGUCAGAACCGUCGUCGUCUAAACUAUGCCCGUGUGUACUCUGGAUUCUAUGAAACAGGCCGUAAUCGUGUACCAUACAUGGUCGUGGUAAAACACGGCCAUCCUCGAGAACAUUCAUCUGGAGGACGUGUGCCAGGUAACCGUGGAAAGCGUGAUUCGAUGAUUAUCGUGUUUGGUUUUCUGGAACGUUGCAUGAAUAUUACCAACAACCGGAUGACACCCCUCGAGUACGAAUUGUUUAACCAGUGCUACAAUGUACUCGGUAUCGAUCCCCGUCUAUUCAAGUAUCUGCUGGUAACAGACGCAGAUACCCAGGUCCACGCAGAUGUGGUCCAGCGCCUAGUUCUCCGGCUUGAAAGAGAUCCAAAGAUGAUUGCAAUCAGUGGGCACAUCAGACCCGCAAACCCUGAGCAGAAUCUCACCACAAUGCUUCAAAUUUUCCCCCUCUAUCUCACCCUGUUCUCUGGGCUGGCCUACGAAACAUUUCUCAAGAGAGUAAUGACCAUCAGUAGUGGACUUGUGAUGUACAAGGUCUGGUCAGAUAGUCCUUUACUUCUUUGCUGCAUCCACCCAACUGUUCUGCGAGGGUUUGCUCUCCAACAGGCGUCCACAAUGCAUACGAUGAAUGCCCUAUUACAGGGUGAAGACCGUUGCUUGGCAGCUGUCCUAUUACAAUCUCACCCAGGCUGCCAUCUAGGGUUUGAGUCUGAAGCUAUUGGAUAUGUAACCCUCCCGACCGACUUUCUGGCCCUCCAGGGCUCUCAAACCCGUAGCAUACGGGCUAUAUUCUACAAUCUG